GCGGCGCCGCGCGAAUGAGGCAGCCCGCGCGAGGCGGGGCCGCUUGGAGUGGCCGCCGUGCGCUUAGCUGAGCGAGGGCAGAAGAGGCAGUCGCGAGUGAGUGGGGGAGGGGGAGAGGCGUCCCUCUGCCCCGCAGCGGGCUCCGUCCACCAUGAGCUUCCUGAUCGAUUCCAGCAUCAUGGUCGUCUCUCAGGUGCUUUUCUUUGGAUUCGGAUGGCUAUUUUUCAUGCGUCGGCUUUUUAAAGACUAUGAGGUGCGGCAGUAUGUUGUACAGGUUGUCUUCUCAGUCACCUUUGCUUUCUCCUGCACCAUGUUUGAACUUAUCAUUUUUGAGAUUCUAGGGGUCCUAAGCAGCAGCUCUCGAUAUUUUCACUGGAAAUUGAACCUCUGUGUGAUUUUGCUUGUCCUAGUGUUCAUGGUGCCCUUUUACAUUGGCUACUUUGUUGUGAGCAACAUCCAGUUGUUGCACAGACACAGACUGCUUUUUGCCUGUGUCGUCUGGUUAAUAUUUAUGUAUUUCUUCUGGAAACUGGGAGAUCCAUUUCCUAUCCUCAGUCCAAAACAUGGCAUUCUAUCUAUAGAACAGCUCAUCAGUCGGGUGGGAGUCAUCGGGGUGACACUUAUGGCUCUGCUUUCUGGAUUUGGUGCAGUCAAUUGUCCAUACACUUACAUGUCUUACUUUCUCAGGAAUGUGACAGAUGCAGAUAUUCAGGCUCUGGAACGUCGUCUUCUCCAAACCAUGGACAUGAUCAUUAGCAAGAAGAAAAGGAUAGCAAUGGUUCAGAGAAACAUGUUCCAGAGAGGGGAAGUACACAAUAAGCCUACUGGUUUCUGGGGGAUGAUAAAAAGUGUCACAGCAUCUUCAUCAGGCAGCGAAAAUCUGGCACUUAUCCAGCAGGAAGUGGAUGCUUUGGAGGAGCUGAGUCGGCAGCUUUUCUUGGAAACAGCUGACCUGCAUGCUACCAAGGAAAGAAUCGAAUACUCUAAAACAUUCCAAGGAAAAUACUUCAACUUUCUGGGCUAUUUUUUCUCCAUCUACUGUGUCUGGAAAAUUUUUAUGGCAACAAUUAAUAUUGUAUUUGACCGAGUUGGGAAGACAGAUCCAGUUACAAGAGGAAUUGAGAUAACUGUGAAUUAUUUGGGGAUCCAGUUUGAUGUGAAAUUCUGGUCCCAGCAUAUUUCCUUUAUUCUUGUUGGAAUAAUUAUCGUCACCUCUAUUAGGGGUUUAUUGAUAACACUCACAAAGUUUUUCUAUGCUAUUUCAAGCAGCAAAUCUUCAAAUGUUAUUGUUCUGUUGCUGGCACAAAUCAUGGGAAUGUAUUUUGUGUCUUCGGUGCUUCUGAUUCGAAUGAGUAUGCCUCUAGAGUAUCGCACUAUCAUUACUGAAGUUCUAGGAGAAUUACAGUUUAACUUCUACCACCGCUGGUUUGAUGUUAUAUUUCUUGUCAGUGCUCUCUCCAGCAUCCUUUUCCUUUACCUGGCACAUAAACAGGCUCCUGAAAAACACAUGGCACCUUGAGCCCAUCAUAGUUCUUCAGUGUGUGAUGAAUGAAAGUGGUGCAUUUGAUAUAUUGCUAUCUACAGGUGGCUGCUUUUGUGAUGGACAGUCAGCUCUUUGGCUCAAAUCAAAUAUUUUACUGUGGACAAACAGAGACAAGAUACAGUUCCAGGAUACAAGAUGCAAACAUGAUUGUUUGUGGAGAUAAACCAUAAGAAGGAAAGAGAGGAAAGCUCUUGAACAGCAAAAGAAGCCAUUCUACAUUGUUUAGUAAAUAUGAUUGGCAAGAGGUCUGCUUAAUUGUUUCAACCUGGAAGGCAGUGAAUCUGGAGUUGAACAUCUAAAUGUCUAAAUAAACCAAAUUUUAUAAUAAUUUA